GAGGAAGCGACACGGAAGAAAACAACGGGGGCGGUGCGCGGCCUCUCUCGUCCCCCCUCGAGUUUUGCCCGCGGUCCGGGGCCGAGGCCGAGGCGGCGAUGAUGUUCGGUUCCGCGGCGGAGAAGCUGCUCAAACAGGCCAGGGAAAUACAGGAUGAAGACCUACAGAAAUUCUGCACCCGCAUCUCCACUCUCCUGCAGAGCAAGGAAUAUAAUAACGAAGCUGUUGAUUCUCUUCAGAAGUUGUUCCUCAUUGUCUCUGCUACAAAAUACAGCAGAAGUCUGUCCAAAGAUGUCCUGCAGAACCUCCACAGCACCCUUUGGUUCGUGAAGGCUCCACAGCCAGUUCUUGUCCUCUGCUCAGCCAUUCUGCGAGAGGUGUUGCCAUGUAAUGCUUUGACUUAUUCCUGUGAGGAGUUAAAUGACAUGAAGACCUUGAACCUUGUAUCGGGUGUAAUGCUGGCCCAGGGGAGUAGAAGUGCCGAAGUUGUGGCUGUGUGCAACCGUGUUCUCAAACUGCUGGAGAGUCGCCAUGCUGAGAGUCAGGGAGCACGGCAUCUCGUACCCGUCCUGUCCAAACUUCUCGAUCUUGCACCUACAGUCCUCAACGAAGACCAGAUAAAUACCGUCAGUAGGAAGCUUGUUGACUGGCUGCGCUACGCGGGUACAGUACAGGGUCUUUCCCUUUCUUCAGGAGGGUUUUUUAGCCCACGAUCACGGCAGCCUGCCUCCAUUUUGGAGGUAGAUGGGGCAGUCACGGGUGACUUCUUCACCGUACUUUCCAUUGGCCAAUAUUACACCGAGGACCAAUGGCUGAACAUGCAUUCCUUCUCCAUGAUCAGGAAAUGGCUGCGCUGGCACGAAGCAGGCGGCGUCUGCAACAGUGAUACAGAUGAACGGUCGGAGCUGGAUAGCUCUAUAAUGUCGGUGGUUUCAGCUUCCUCAACAUCCAGUCGCCUACUGGCUCCGAAGGAACGUCUGAGGGAGAAAACAUUUGAAUAUUGCAACCGGUUAAUUGAACAGUGUGAUAGAAAAGCUCUCAAGAAAUCCGAUUCAGAACUUCAGAAAGCUUGCUUGAUUGAAGCUGUGGCCUUGAUGGACCUGAUCUGUCGACAUGAUCCUCUCUUUGUGUAUCGGGCCUUCCCUGUGGUCAAAGCCCUGUACAGUAGAAUCAGUGCAGACUCUGGCUUUGCCAGAGUGCUUCUUCCCGUGGCUCAAUUCUAUCUGAAUCACAGUGAGCUGGCAGCUGUGGAUUCUGAGGCUGUUUACCGACAAUUAUUCACCAAGGUUCCCUCUGAACUCUAUCAAGACCCGAUGUUGGCAUUUGAGUUUGUUCAGUUCUGCAGAGAAAAUGCAAAAACACUCAGAGAGAGUGUUGCUAUUUUCCACAAGAGCUUUCCAAAUCUAUUGAAGUUCCUAGCUUGGAACACGCCAGCCCUGUUCCCCGACUUCAUCGAAUUACUGCCAGAUUUGGUUCAUCCGGACACAGCAAUUGAGAUACUCCACUCUCUGCUGGAUCUCCCCUGCGUGACAGCAUCACUCGAGGUGCAGCUCAGGGCAGUGUGCUCUUCAGUGACAGAGAAGCUGAUGGUUGACCAAGGCAGAAAGGUGUGGAGCUCGGCAGAGGCAUUCCUACAUCCAUACUACAGGAGCAUGUUUUUUUACAUCCUCCGUGUGGAGUCGGGAACAGGCGAUACUAUCGACAGAUUGAGCCAGCUUCACGAGGUUCUCUCGGACAUGGCGAGGCGGCCUAGAGUCGUACAGUGCGCUCAGACGGUUCCCAUCCUGUUGCAGGUUUACUUCAAAGUCGUCACUCAGUUUGCAGACGGACCACUGAUUAACCAGCUGGCUCUGGUCAUUCUGGAGCGAAGCAGCCUUCUGUACGACAUCCCUGACUUCAAGGCUGAAGUUCAACGGGUAUUCAGUUCCCAGUUGAUGGUGCUUUGUAAACGGCACCCAGCUCUCAUUGUGGAACAGUCCAAAGAGCUGCUGGACUUCUGUGGAACAGUCAGCAAUAUCAAAAAUAAAGAGGGCUUCUUCAUUCAUGUGGUCUGGGCCAUAGGAGAGUACCUGUCCUUGUCUUAUGACAGGCGCUGCACGGUCGAACAGAUCACCAAGUUCUUUGAAGCCCUGGAAGCCGUGCUGUUUGAGAUGAUUCAGCUGCGAUCCUCCACGGGCAUCUUCAAGUUCUCACCUCGGGUUAUCACCGUUCUCAUGACAACGCUGGCAAAAUUAGCGUCUCGAAGCCAAGACCUGAUCCCCAGGGUCUCCCUGUUCCUGUCCAAGAUGCGUCCAUUUGUCCGGAGCGCUUUGAUUUCCUCCUUGUACAGCGAGGAUGAUAUUCAGGAAAUCCUGGCCCGUGCCAAUGAACUCAACAACCUGCUGAAAGCUCCAAAUGUAGCACAGCUCAUACUGGGACCCUCUGCAGACAUUGCCAGCCCACGGUGGUACAAAGAUACAAACGCUUCACUGCCCCUUACCAUGCAGACUAUUAGCAAGGUGCUGCAGAGAAAUCCAGGACCCGGAUUCCCUGCAUAGGACAUUUGGACAUUUAUACCGAAGAUAAACACAAAAUGCUGGAUUAACUCAGUGCGACAGUCUGAAGAAGAGUCUUGACCCGAAACAUCACCCAUUCCUUCUGUCCAAAGAUGCUGCCUGUCCCGCUCAGUUACUCCAGCAAUUUGUGUCUAUCUUUGGCCAUAUUAACGUUUGUGUCUGUGUGUGUGUGUGUCUGUGUGUGCGUGUGUGUUUCCUUUCCAAGUAAGUCAAUUGUUUACAUGGUCUUUGAGUUCUUCAAAAUGUCUAGUAACAGGGAUGCCAACUUUUCAAAGUUGUGGAGUGAAAGGCAGUGUGUGUGUGUUUAACAAGUUGACAUGCCCUUUGUUUCUGUCUGGUUCACAGUUCUUUUUAAAUUGUGAAAGAUUUCCAUUUGACACUUAAAAUAUAUAUUUUUUAAA